AGAGAUGAUACGCCUUCUUUGUUACUGAUAUAAAUCUAAUAGGCUGAUAGGAGGACUUUCAAUAACAAAUUCAAUUUUCAAAGUGAUCGUCUCUUUCUUAUUGAACUAUGUCCAAUUAUUUGAUUACAUUGCUUAUGGUUAUUGUUCUAAUGUUAAUAUCAACCUCGUAUUGUCAAUUAUUUGGUGGAUGGUCCCAACCUUCAUGGGGUUACAAUUCUCAAGGUGUUGGAUACGAUCAAUACGGUAACUCUUUCGAAGGUACUCCACAAAAUGGAAUAUAUUUGUUCUGUAAUGGACAUGGUUGCCCGGGACGUGGAUAAAAUGGAAACUACAUCAAACAUCAAUACGAAACACUUGGGUCGAUUCAUGAUUUAUUUUUCAUUUCUUCUUUGUUUUAUUAUUUACAACACUUUCAGUUUUAUUUGAAAAUUUCAAAUGAACAUUUUAUUAAUUUUUU